CUCUUGCUCGAGCCCCGAAGAAGCAGGCCUGGUGAGUCUCUAGCGCUGUGCUCGGCCCCAGCUGCGACUCGGAAGGCGUCUCUUUCCCUCUCCCCACACCUCUCCGGAAGGCGAGCCGAGAAGGAGAGCCGGAACGAAGGAGGGAAAACCUGCAACCCACCGGCAAAGGCCGGGACUGGGCUCAGUGUCGGUGUAUGAAGAGCGGUUGGUAUAGUCAGGCGCGGCUCUUCCUGCUCUCACCGACCAAAGCCGGGGGAAACUUGUCUGCGUGCAGCCGAGAGUCUGGAGAAAACCUCGGCAAAGACCAGCAGCAGCAGGGGGAAGAGGAGGGGUUGUAGUAGCAGUCUGAGCAAGGGAGAUGUGAACAUUUUCCCAUGGACAGAAGAGGCCUCUCUUCCACCUUUCCCAAGGAUGUCACAUUCACAUGUUGCUAAGCCAGCUGAAGGUGUAGCUUCACUUUCCACCACAUUCACUGGGAUUCACAUGAGACGCAUAAUACUUGGCAAAUACUUUGAACAUAACAUAAAGACAUCAUGGCCUGCCUUACAAUGACAGAGGCGGAAGGGACAGCAUCAUCUACUAUUCACCAGAACGGCGGAAUCACUGGGAAUCCGGGCAUUUCCAGACAGACAGAGCCACUGUUUCGGGUUUACCUUUAUCAUUCCCCAGGAAAAACUGAAGGCGAUUACCUACAAUUUCCAGCUGGACAAUAUGUUGCAGAAGACAUCUGUGUUGCUGCUUGUAAGGCUUGUGGUAUCACACCAGUGUACCACAACAUGUUUGCACUAAUGAAUCAGGCAGACCGAUGCUGGUAUCCUCCAAACCAUACCUUCCAAAUAGAGGGAUCAGCAACUCUCACCGUACUGUACCGAAUAAGGUUUUAUUUCCCACACUGGUAUUGUAACAGCAGCACGCGAGCGUAUCGGUAUGGUGUUUCCCGAGGUGGAGAGAGUCCUGUCCUUGAUGACAUUGUCAUGUUUUAUUUGUUUGCUCAGUGGCGAGAAGACUUUGUCCAUGGAUGGGUAAAGAUGGCUGUUACUCACGAAACGCAAGAAGAAUGUCUUGGCAUGGCUGUUCUUGAUAUGAUGAGGAUGGCGAAAGAAAAGGACCAAACUCCAUUAGCCAUCUACAAUUCUGUGAGCUACAAAAUGCUCUUGCCUAAAUGCAUCAAAGAAAAAAUCCAAGAUUAUCACAUUCUAACACGGAAGAGAAUACGAUACAGGUUCCGCAAAUUUAUCCAGCAGUUUAGCCAGUGCAAAGCAACUGCCAGAAACUUGAAACUGAAGUAUCUCAUCAAUCUGGAAACCCUCCUGUCUGCCUUCUACUCAGAAGUAUUUGAAGUAAAGGAGCCUGGCAGAGAGCCUUCAGGCGAAGACUGUUUUGCAACCAUUAUUAUAUCCGGAAAUGGUGGGAUUAAGUGCUCCAGAGGGAAGCAUAAAGACAGUGAAACACUGGCAGAACAGGACCUACAGACCUACUGUGAUUUUCCAGAUAUUAUCGAUGUCAGUAUUAAGCAAGCAAGCCAAGAAGGCUCUGGCGAGCAUAGAAUUGUAACCAUUCACAAGCAAGACAGCAAGAAUCUGGAAGCUGAAUUUCAUUCAUUAAGAGAUGCUCUUUCCUUUGUAUCAUUAAUUGAUGGAUAUUAUAGAUUAACUGCAGAUGCUCACCAUUAUCUGUGUAAAGAAGUAGCACCUCCUUCGAUUCUUGAAAAUAUCCAGAGUAACUGCCAUGGGCCAAUUUCCAUGGACUUCGCAAUCAAUAAACUGAAGAAAGCCGGCAAUCAAACUGGCUAUUACGUUCUUCGUUGCAGUCCAAAGGAAUUUAAUAAGUACUUUCUUACUUUUGCAGUGCAGCAGGAUAGCAUCGCUGAUUAUAAGCAUUGCUUGAUAACGAAAAAUGAGAAUGGAGAGUAUAAUCUCACUGGAACUAGAAGAAAUUUUACAAACCUUAUGGAACUCUUGAAUUGUUAUCGGACAGAAACGGUCCGGUCAGAUAGUAUAGUCUUCCAGUUUACCAGAUGUUGCCCUCCAAAGCCAAAAGAUAAGUCCAACCUCCUGGUCUUCAGGAGCAAUGGAGGCUCGGAUAUGCCAACAUCACCUACUUUGCAGAGGCAGAAUAAUGUCAACCAGAUGGUUUUCCACAAAAUCCGGAAUGAAGAUCUGAUCUUUAAUGAAAGCUUGGGGCAGGGUACCUUCACGAAAAUUUUCAAAGGGGUGAGGAAAGAAGUAGGAGACUAUGGUAAACUGUAUCAGACUGAAGUCCUGCUUAAGGUUCUGGAUAAAAAUAACAGGAACUGCUCUGAGUCUUUCUUUGAAGCAGCAAGCAUGAUGAGCCAGCUUUCUUACAAGCAUUUGGUAUUAAAUUAUGGAGUUUGUGUCUAUGGAGAUGAAAAUAUUCUGGUACAGGAGUAUGUAAAAUUUGGAUCGUUGGAUACCUAUUUGAAGAAGAAUAAAAAUUCUAUAAACAUCUUGUGGAAACUGGAAGUUGCAAAGCAGCUGGCAAUGGCAAUGCAUUUUCUGGAAGAUAAAAACCUUAUUCAUGGAAACGUAUGUGCAAAAAAUAUCUUGCUUAUCAGAGAAGAAGAUAGGAAGUCGGGGAACCUUCCUUUUAUCAAGCUUAGUGAUCCUGGUAUCAGCAUUACAGUUUUGCCAAAAGACAUUCUUCUUGAGAGAAUACCAUGGGUUCCACCUGAAUGCACUGAAAAUCCCAAGCAGCUGAGUUUGGCGAUGGACAAAUGGAGUUUUGGGACCACUCUAUGGGAAAUCUGCAGUGGAGGAGACAAGCCUCUUAGCGCACUGGAUUCUCAGAGAAAACUACAGUUUUAUGAAGAUAGGCACCAGCUUCCAGCGCCUAAUUGGACAGAACUGGCAAAUCUCAUCAACAGCUGUAUGGAUUAUGAGCCAGACUUCAGGCCUUCUUUUAGAGCCAUUAUACGUGAUCUUAACAGUUUGUUCACUCCAGAUUAUGAACUAUUGACAGAAAAUGACAUGUUACCAAAUAUGAGAAUUGGUGCUCUUGGAUUUUCGGAGGCCUUUGAAAGCAGGGACCCCACGUAUUUUGAAGAGAGACACCUCAAGUUCUUACAGCAACUCGGAAAGGGUAAUUUUGGCAGUGUGGAAAUGUGCCGAUACGACCCACUGCAGGAUAACACAGGGGAAGUGGUGGCUGUUAAAAAGCUGCAGCACAGCACAGAAGAACAUCUGCGAGACUUUGAAAGAGAAAUAGAAAUUCUUAAAUCUCUGCAACACGACAACAUUGUCAAAUACAAAGGAGUGUGCUACAGUGCCGGCCGGAGAAAUCUGAAGUUGAUAAUGGAAUAUUUACCCUAUGGAAGUUUACGAGACUAUCUCCAGAAACAUAAGGAACGACUGGAUCAUAAGAAACUCUUGCAGUAUGCUUCUCAGAUAUGUAAGGGUAUGGAGUACCUAGGUUCAAAAAGAUACGUUCACAGAGAUCUAGCAACACGAAAUAUCUUGGUGGAGAAUGAAAACAGAGUUAAAAUUGGAGACUUUGGCUUGACAAAGGUUUUGCCACAGGACAAAGAAUACUACAAAGUAAAGGAACCAGGAGAGAGUCCUAUAUUUUGGUAUGCUCCAGAAUCACUGAUAGACAACAAGUUUUCUGUGGCCUCAGACAUGUGGAGUUUUGGUGUAGUCCUAUAUGAACUCUUCACAUACAUAGACAAGAACAAAAGCCCCCCAGCGGAGUUUAUGCGCAUGAUUGGUAAUGAUAAGCAAAACCAAAUGAUCGUGUUCCAUUUGAUAGAACUUUUGAACAAUAAUGGAAGGCUUCAAAGACCUGAUGGAUGCCCUGAUGAGGUGUAUGCCAUCAUGACAGAGUGCUGGAACAAUAGUCUGAGCCAAAGGCCCUCCUUUAGGGAUCUUGCUCUGAGAGUGGACCUCAUAAGGGAAAGCUUGGGCGGAUGAAAGUGUGGAAAUUCAUCCGAAGGGACACGUUGGCAUGCACAGCAAAUGCGCUUUGUUCUUUGGUGGCUGCAGAGCAUUGGCCUUCCCUCACACAUUCAUCUCUGAGGACAGAGCCCGGAGGAAAAUAAGCCUAUGAGAACUUGCACAUGAUAGCGAAGGACUCAGCUUAGUUUCUUCACUCGGAAUACCACCAUAAUGCACCAAUGGAAAGCACUUUGAUGGUGAAAGGAAUUGCUUCUUUUUAAGCAAGAUAGUGUAAAAUGCGUUCAGUCAACAUCACCAUAAUUUGCCUAAUAGGGCAAUUGCAAUACACACACACACACAAAUGCCAAUCAGAGAAAUUAUAAACGAAUCAGGAGACUGGAUGAAGAGUGGGAAUAUGUCAUUUUUCUUUCGAGUCAUCACUGAGCUGAAAGGGAUUUAGGCUGCAAUCCUGUAUCCACUUCUCUGUAAGUAAGCCCUGUUGACAUCAGAGAGACUUACUUCUGAGUAGACGUGUAUAGGAUUGUGCUCUUAAGCUGCAGCUGACCCGCAGAAUUUAUAUACAACUUGCAACAUCUGAGGUUCUGUUCCAGCACAGUUGCUAAAAGGUUUCACAUUCCCAGUUGCAUCACUUUCAAGAGGAGCAAAUGUUUGCACUUAAACUUAACAGUGGAGAUGGACAUCCAGAUUCAGCCUGUGCCAGUCACCAUCAUGAUCACUGUGCAUUGAUAUUUCCUCCUGCUCUCCUUUGCUUUACGCCCCACCCCACCCCACCCCCGCUACUUUUGUCUCUUCUGCCUGCUUUAAAGGGUGGUUGUGUACCGGUUAAAGCAACUUUUUACCUAGUUCAGAGAUGUGUUCCUUUGCAUAAACAUGCAUUUCUUAGUUGUGUGUGGCUAUGUAAUUCUCUAAGAGUUCUAAUUUUAAAAAAUACAGUGUAAAAACUAAAAAUCUUAAGUGUGGCAGAGGAGCAAAACACCUACCAAUCUUAAUGAGAGGAGAAAAUGAUUGUGACUGUUCAGGGAGAUGGCCUUUAAGUCAUGGAAUAAUCCAUUGCUGUACCAGCACAGGGAUGGCAGCCAUUCAGAGCAGAGGAUCAUUUGCAUCAGCGGUGCCUGGCCUGCAAACUAUCAGUGAGCGAGUUUGAACGGCAGUUAACUACAGCAUAAAGAACCCCUUGGAUACAUUCUAUCCAGCCUUUUCUGCAGUGAACGAAGAAUGGCUUGGCAUCCUUUUCCAUUGUGCUGCACAAGGGCUUGUGUUUUAUGAAUGGGGUUUUGUAGUUUUUACAUUGUCAUGGCAUAAUGGCUUCACUGUGUAGAGCAAGUCAUUUUUUAAAAAAAUUUUUUUUUGAGUCACAUUCUGUGUGCCUGUCUGAGCCAAUCAAUGGCCAGCAAUAGAAGCAGUGAUGCAUAUUGAGGCAGUGUGAUGUACAUAUUUUGAAGGGAAGGGAACAAAUAAGUGUGUGUGUGUGUGUGUGUAUACACACACCUGCUGAAAAUUGAAAUUUUUAGAUGAACGAGUGUAUAGCAGUCUAUUUUCCUAUUGUGAAUGUGUUACGCUCUGUCCAUGUCUCCUAAAGGUACAAGCAUUUGAAAUCAUUUCAUAGUGAGCAGCUUAAUACGUCCCAAAUGCUAAACUUCGUUAGCCUUGCCCACCCAACCAGUUGCUGCCAUUUUCUUUACUAUCUUGUUAACUUUUACAUGGUGACCCAGUCACCUAGUAACCGAAGUCAUGCCUCUGAUAUUGCUGAAACCAAAUGUAACUCAUCUUCUCCCAAUACUUACCUUUAGGUUAUUAGCUAAUUUGGCCAUGUGUAACUGCAGCCAUGUGAUACUGUGUGCUCGAUUUCACUCAGCCUAAAUUGUGAACUAAAUUUAAAUGUCACAGUAACUGUUUGCACACUAGACUCACUGGGGCAGAUUAGUGUUGCAUCAGGCACUCUCAUUUCUAUGAUUUGACUGUUGUCUUCAGAGCUGUUUACAGUAGUUCAGUGGAAGUGAGGUACACUGGGUAUUUCACCCUGUUCCACUGCAUGUCCACCAAACCUUGCUUUAGAUAAGGAACUUGUAUAUUUUGCCUACUCCUAUGAUCUCUCAUCAUUGGCUAUGCUAGUUAGACCUGAUGGGAGUUGUAGGCCAAAAUAUCUGGAGUGCCCCAAGUUGCCCAUCCCUGUUUUAGACAUUUGGAAUCUAGGGAUUUGUCUUUGGCAAAUUUGUGCUCAAAUGUGGGUGCUUACUUCCUAAAAUCAAAAGAGUAAAUUUAGUGAAAGAAGAAGUCGCUUUUCGUUAUGGAAAUUAAAUGAAAACUUGAAGUGUACUUUAGCGUUCUGCAGAAUGUGGCUUAGAUGGCACUGUAGCAUACACCCCUAGAUAGUUUAUUUACCUACCUCAAACAUGGAAGAAGGUGCAGUGAUGUAAGUUUUGAAUAGGAUUAAAAAGUACCUCAACAUGUUGCAGAAUGUUUAUCUUGUGAGCGCCAGUCUAAGAAUGUUUUGUGCCACUGUGGGACUGACAUAUGCAUAAAAGCUGAUCUCGUACUCAGAAGUGCAUAUGAAAUUUCCCUUCCAAACAUGCAAGAGUUUCCUUAUUCUUUCUUACAAGCAGGUGUGUUUCACAUGUGCUUUGGGGAAUCAAUGUGCAUGCAAAACAAUUCUAUUUCUAGGAGAAGAUGAGAGGUACUUACAUGGGAGGGGGCCCAGUAGCAAACUUUAGUUAGGCGAAACCUUUCUUUUGUUUUUAAGAAUAAAGAGUUCUGCCCCCACUCCCACCCUGUUUGGCAUAACAUGGGGUCAAAAUUGCAAAUAGUUGUUUUAUAAUAGCAUGCUAGGUUUUAGUGGGUAAAAAUGUUCAAGUAAUUAGCAUUUAAGAGGCAGUUUCACAAUGUAUAUAGUUUUUUCAAAAAAAUAUUGUCAGAUAUAUUGCACAUUUGUACAUUGCUUUGAAGCGAAUUUUAAAAUAUGUUCUACGUGGAAUGUCUCAUGCUUUUGUAGAAUAUUUGUAUAGGUUUUGUUUAAGAUCCUGGUUAACCAAAAUUAUAGUAGCGUAAGAUUUAAAGCAACAUUAGGUAUCAGGAUGAACAAUGCGGCAGUCUGACAGUACAGAAAUGCAUCAAGGAUUUCAUUUUCCAUAUUAAAAAAAAAAACCUCAGGGAAUUUUGUGUAAUGCAAUUAAGAGAUCUUCCAUAGUGUUGUGUUUUUUUGUGAAUAAAAGUGUCUCCACUUGAUCUAGUGUAAUAUGAUUAACAUGUGUUCUGAUUUCCCAAGCGUAAUCAUAUGGGGCAGUAUCCAGUUGGGGCCUACCAUGUGCAGCCAGUCCUGGUCCACAAGCGGCCCCCACUGCUUGCAUGACGCAACUCCCAAAUGAGCAGAAAUGCUCGUUUCUGGAAGGGCAGGGCUCCAGUGUCCUCCCAUUUUCCAGAAACAAGUGUUUCCACUCAUUUGGGGGCUUGCUCCUAGAAACUCAGUAUUGUGUUUCAGAACUGGCCAUGUGCAGACCAAGACCAUCAGGACUGGCCGCCAGCAGAAGGCCCCAAUUGGAUACUGCCCAACAGUUUAGGCUUUUGCAUUUCUGGAUUUUAGGUAUUUGAAAACGUUAAACAACCAAACCUAUCCCAUUGUGAGUUUCUGAGACUGCAAUCCUAUGCACGCAUUCGUUUCUAAGAGACAUGGAUAGGAUUGCAUUGUCAAAAAGUUAAGCUUUGUUGCAGUUGGGGUGGUGGUUUCACAUUGUUGGGCUAACUGGCUCACAGUUCUAGAUGGGCAUUCAGGAGGCCUCUAUAAGAUUUAUCCUGAAAGGUUUUAGCUUGAAUUCAGUGAAACUCUAGCAUGAGCGAAAGAGUAGGAUCUCUGCUUUCCAAUCUCCCACUGCCUGCUACAGCUACGUCAAAUACUGUUCCAAAAGGGCCCCACCACAGGAAGGAAUAGGUGUGGAAUAGUUCCACAAGUGGAACUCCACUCUUGGUCCUUCUGGAUCCUUUGUUCCUAUAAGUAUCUUGAUAUGCAGCAUAUCGGAGACCUGUAAGUUUGAAUCCUUCAACCUGCUAAAGCUGUUAAGCUUUGCAGCUUAGGAGUUAGAGUAUGAUCAAAAUAUGGGUUACUUUAUUUUUUGAGGGAAUUGAUAACCAAGCUCUGUGAAUUCAGCAGAAGUGCUUUCAAGUCUGUGUAGAGACUUCCCCAAAGUUACUUCUGGCUUUAGAGGGUUCCCUGAUUUCCAGGAGCAACUGGCCCCUCUCUAUGUGUCCUUCCCCGUGUGUCUUGACAUCUUCAUUUCAGCUGUGACUUCAGUGAGAACCAUUAGUGUUGGUUGCCUGCAUGAGUCAAAACUAAUGAUAAUACCAAUUACAGUAUUACUGAUUAAAUCAAUCAAUGCACUUCAGAAAAACUCUUAACUGUGAUUGUAACUCCAGCAUUCAUCUUACUUUAACAUUUACAUUAUGUGAUCUGUGUAUUAACAGAAGCAGUUAACAAUUAUUUUCCUUUUUCACAGUUGCCAUUCAGGUUAUCAUGAUACCAAAACUUGCUGUGACUUGCUGUGGGGAAGAAAAUGCUACAUAAAUAGGAAGCUGCUCUUGAGUAAAAUGAAAAUUUUAUCGCAACUACUGCUUUUUAGAAUUUUUAAAAAUCUAAACUACAAUUUUUAUAUUAAUAGGUAUUAUCAUAAAAGAAUUCUGAGAAAUUAUUGGGGUUUUUUUGUUUUUUAAAAAAUGUCCUACUUUAACUGGUCUGGGGUCCAUUUUGAUGAAUUUCAAAAUUACUUGCUUUUAAUAUGUUCCAGAGAGUGGAAACAAUCGUGUAUUAAGCAAAAGAGGGCAAGUUUACAUAAAGGUGUGGCCUGAACAAAAAAGCACGAAACUAAUAGCUGAUACUGAUUUUGUACAAAUUACACUUUUAUUGAAGAAACCCUUCCACAGUUUUUGGACACUUGCUACUGUAUAUUGCAGCACCAACAUAUUAAAUAUUUUCAAAAAUC